AAGCCAUUUUGGCUCUUGCCUUUGGCCACGUGAACGGUGAUUGACGAUGUCGCCAACCGACCUGAAGAAUCACAAGCAGGAGACCGCGCAGAGAGGAGAGCUGCUCAACCAAUGCGCUUUGCAGGAUGAGGAGUUUGCAGUGGAGCGCGGGCUUUUGGCAUCCUGGGUGAGAGGAGCAGUGUUGGCAAGGAACCUCGUCAUUGUGAUGAGGGUGACAAUACCAGGAUGCUGGGGCCCUCCGCGCAUCGUGCUGCUGCGUGCACGGCCCACAGCCAGCGAGGCGACCAAGUGGCACAAGGCAGCGCUUGUGGAUCUACGCGGGGGUCGGCUGAGUUGCGUCGGCUGGGGCCGCUACGAGCUGCGCAACCGGGGCGGCGAGCUGGUGGCUGCCUUCCGCCCGGAGCUCUCUUCGGAGAGCUUGGCCUUGUCAGCGAUGAGUUUGGACCGCUUGCGGGAGAUUGAGAGGCACUGCUGGGGGCCUUGGAGGCGCAGCAAGGCACCCGUGCUGGGCCAGGUCUGCGAGGCCAGAUGGGGCCCCAUCCCUGCGUGCCCCGACGAGGUGCUGCAAGAAGCUUCUCGAAUUGCCCGGGUGAAAGCUGCCCAGACCUGCCGAGUGCUACACCCAGGGAUGGAUGCAGACCGCGCUGCCUGCAUUGACACGCUGUGCACCCAGCGCUGCUUGCCCCGCCCUGCUUGCCAUGCCUUGCUCCUGAGGCCCGCCUGCCGAGAUGGCAACUUGCGGCCGUUCGUGCCGACGACACUGGCUGGCGAGCAAUGCAACCUGGAGGAGCUGCGAGAGUCGGCGCAUCAGAUUGCAGCACUGGCGCCGGCCCGUCCCGAGAGCGGCUGGGUGUGUGCCGUGUGCCUGGCCACCGACGCCGAGGCUGAGACCGAGGGAACGGUCAAGGGAGGCCUUGCCUGGCGGAAACUUCCGUGUGGGCACGUAUUUCACAAGAACUGCGUCCUUCCUUGGAUUCGGGGCGGCAAGCCUUGCCCGCUGGGCCGCUGCGCCGUGCCGGCGGCGGCGCGAGCUGGCCGGAAGGAGAUGUGCUUCACCCAGCCCAAGAAUGCGUGGAAGCAGCUGCCGCACAACGUGGUGGCGCGUGACAUCCAACUGCCGGCGCAGGCGCAGCGCAAAACCGGAGCUCCGGGGGUGCCGCCACACCUUCGGGUCCAAGGAUCCAGCCUGCGGCCGAACCACGCCUUUUUCGACGGGGCAGUCAUCGAACGGCUUGCAGCAAAGGGAGCCAUCAGCGCAGUGUCUACACCUAUUUCCCGACACUUCCUGACGUUUGAUCUCUGACACUGUUAUGCACCCGUUCUGAGUGGCCCUUUCAUCUUGUGCCGCGCCUGGCGUCACCUCAUGAGUGUGAUCCUCGAUCUUUGCGACCUUGCAUGUCUCGGAUUGCAGCUUGGACUGUCAUCUCAGCCCAGCUCUUGCUGUGCUCGAAUUUGCUGGGCAUCGCGGCUACGUUGUGCAGUGU